GGCACACGUGACUGCGCGGGAGGCCGCGCUUUACGGCGCCGCGCGACAGUUCCCGGUGCUGUGCCCUCAGCUCGCCAUGGCGUCGGGCAGCGGGACCAAGAACCUGGACUUCCGCCGGAAGUGGGACAAGGAUGAAUAUGAGAAACUUGCAGAGAAGCGGCUCACAGAGGAGAGGGAAAAGAAAGAUGGCAAACCAGCUCAGCCCGUCAAAAGGGAACUGCUGCGGCACCGAGACUACAAAGUCGACCUCGAAUCCAAGCUGGGGAAAACCAUUGUCAUCACCAAAACUACCCCUCAGUCAGAGAUGGGAGGGUAUUACUGUAAUGUAUGCGACUGUGUGGUGAAAGAUUCCAUCAAUUUCUUGGAUCACAUCAACGGCAAGAAACACCAGAGGAAUCUGGGCAUGUCCAUGCGGGUGGAGCGUUCCACACUGGACCAGGUGAAGAAACGCUUUGAAGUGAACAAGAAGAAGAUGGAGGAGAAGCAGAAGGAUUAUGACUUUGAGGAGAGGAUGAAGGAACUCCGUGAGGAGGAGGAGAAGGCCAAAGCCUACAAGAAGGAGAAGCAGAGAGAGAAGAAGAGGCGGGCAGAGGAAGAUUUGACCUUUGAAGAGGAUGAUGAAAUGGCAGCUGUCAUGGGUUUCUCUGGUUUUGGCUCAACCAAAAAGAGCCACUGAGCAGCCCCGGACUCUCCUCUUUCUCUAAACAGCUUGUUUUUACCCAGGGAACUCUGGAUAACUCUUCAAAGGACUUGAGGACUUGUAUGUAAAUCUCCCAGUAAAAGUUGGCUGGAAGAGUUGAAAAGUGAUUCCAUGCUCUACCUGUGCUGCAGAUCAAGCUCUGCCUCUCAUUAGCUCCCCUUCUCCUUAUGUGUCCUAGAUCUGGCUGCUCAGCUGCUCUGUGGCUGUGUGUGUGCAGGGAAGUGCUCUGUUGGGUACAUUUUUUUGUCAAUAAAGUGCACAUUCUGCACAGGUGGCCUGGUUCAGGUUUAAUCUAGUUGUCAGCCAGGCCCUACUUGUCACCCAAGCUGUGUUUGGGAUGCUGGGAGGGAUUCAGUUGCUUUUAGGCUCAUAAUGAAGGAAAUGUGCCACAGCAAGCAGUGUGAGAGGUGCAUCUUUAUGGCUUGUGCUAAGCAGAGCUGGUGGCUGCAUGGAGUCUGGGUUGCUGAAAUUUUUCUGUUUGUUUUUUCUGCAAGGGAGAUUUCCCUCCUUUUCUUUGUGUUUUAUCCCAUAAUUUCAGUAUCAUUAAGGUAGGGGAGAAAUUCCUCCCCAUGACUGGUCUAGGAUAGAGCCAAUGGAAGAAAGGUGUAUACAAUUUGCCAGAAAUAAAUGGAACGUUGUAAUGGG